UGUUUAACAGUCGUCCUCCUCUCCCUCCUCCUCCUAUUCCGCUGACAACCGCAGCAACUCCCACCCCCACCGUGGUGGCGCAGCGGCACUGGGCACAGUGGCGGCCGGGGAUUGAGACCAACGCGAGAAAAAGUCUGGUGCUGUCCAGCUUCCAGGAUUCCCCACCAGUGAGUCCUUUGCUCCUCCCCUCUUGCUUCCCCGGUAGUUGGUUCUUGCCGGCGCGUGGAGGGGGAUGGGAUUUUUCCAGCUCUCGGGUCAGUUGCUCCGUUGAUUCUUUAGCUGCGGGGAGGUCACCUGGCGGCUCCGCCGGCCGGGCGCCGGUUUUUUCGUUUCUUCCGUUUUAGGUGACCUGUGACUCAAAUCUUGGCCUGGUCUUCGCUAUCUGAAGACCUGACAUCCCUCAUCAAUUUCAAGUGUGCCUGGAGAGGGAUCUACCAGAUUUUGCAAGAACAAGAUCUUGCAGUUCUGCAUACUCUGCCACUGGAUUUGGCGAUGGAGAGGCAGUCCAGCUCCCGGUUCGGCGCGCUGGAGAAGCUCAAGAGCUUCCGGGGCAUAGAGAAGCAGAGGAGCUUCAAGUUCCUGUCCAUGGAGAAGCAGCAGAGCUUCAAGGAGAGGCGGAGCCGGGACAGCCCCGGCAAGAGGGGCGACAGCGCGCUCCACCUCGCGGCGAGGGCCGGCAAUGUCUCCCACGUCCAGAGGAUCUUCGCCGACUGCGAUCCGGAGCUGGUGGGGGAGCUGGCCGCCCACCAGAACCUGGACGGCGAGACGGCGCUCUACGUGGCCGCCGAGAAGGGGCACAUCGACGUCGUGUGCGAGAUACUCAAGGCCUGCGACGUGCAGUCAGCAGGGCUCAAGGCGACCAACAGCUUCGAUGCCUUCCAUAUCGCUGCGAAACAGGGCCAUCUGGAUGUUCUGCAGGAGCUAUUGCAGGCAUUUCCUGCGUUAGCUAUGACGACGAGUUCUGUGAAUGCCACAGCUUUAGACACCGCCGCAACGCAGGGCCACAUUGGUAUCGUCAAUCUUCUACUGGAUACAGACGCAAGCCUUGCCAGGAUCGCAAGAAGUAACGGGAAGACAGUUUUGCAUUCGGCCGCAAGAAUGGGUCAUGUGGAGGUGGUAGCGUCGUUGUUGAAUAAAGAUCCAGAUAUUGGUUUCAGAACAGACAGGAAGGGUCAAACAGCACUGCACAUGGCUUCUAAAGGCCAGAAUGCUGAAAUUCUGCUUGAGCUAUUGAAGCCCAAUGUCUCAGUAAUCCAUUUGGAGGAUAACAAGGGGAAUAGGGCACUGCAUGUUGCAACGCGCAAGGGCAACACCGUUAUGGUUCAGACUUUAAUAUCCAUUGAAGAGAUUGAUAUCAAUGCAGUCAAUAAGGCUGGAGAGACUGCUUUUGCCAUUGCAGAGAAACAAGGCAACGAAGAGCUUGUUAACAUCCUGCGGGAGGUUGGUGGAAUAACUGCAAAAGAGCAAGUAAAUCCUCCGAAAUCAGCCAAGCAGCUUAAGCAAACAGUGAGCGAUAUCAAGCAUGACGUCCAGUCACAGAUCAAGCAAACGCGUCAGACCAAGAUGCAUGUCCACAAGAUCAAGAAGAGGAUUCAGAAGCUCCACAUUGGCGGGCUAAACAAUGCCAUCAACUCCAAUACCGUUGUCGCAGUACUUAUUGCCACGGUUGCCUUUGCAUCCAUAUUCACCGUUCCUGGUAAUUUUCUUGAGAGUAUGGACAAAGCGACUGAGCCCCAUAUGAGCUUAGGGCAAGCACUGGUAGCAAGCAGGCCAGCCUUUAUAAUCUUCCUGGUCUUCGAUUCCCUGGCUCUCUUUAUCUCGCUUGCGGUCGUCGUCGUCCAGACUUCCCUGAUUGUUGUUGAGCAGAAGGCGAAGCAGAAGAUGGUGUUUGUGAUGAACAAGUUGAUGUGGCUCGCGUGCCUCUGCAUAUCAGCAGCCUUCAUAGCGCUGACCUAUGUCGUGGUGGGCCGCAAUGACGAGUGGCUGGCCUGGUGCACGAUGGUGAUCGGCACCGUGAUUAUGCUCACCACCAUUGGUUCUAUGUGCUAUUGCAUCAUCAGCCACAGGAUGGAAGCACAGAGCAUGAGGAGGAUCAGGAGGUCCUCCAUGAGCCAGUCAUGGUCCAUAUCAGUCGACUCGGACACGGAGCUAGACAUGACCAGCAGAAACAAGACGAUGUAUGCGCUCUAGGACGAUUGGUCGAUGACCGACACCUCGUGCGGCAGAGUCAUGUAUAUAUCGGAGCCCGUUUGCCCGAGCCCGCAACACGGCAUUCAGCGGAUUCGACUCGAGAUGUAUCUAGGCCUAGGAGCAUGGUAGCUGUAUGUAUCAUGUAUGUAUGCAAUGCAAGUGAAGCCUCCUUUGCACAAACAAAGGGAGGCAUGUGGAUGCAGCUCCUGGGUAGACUGGUUCCAGGCAGAGCCACUUUUUAUAGGCACUAUAUAUAGGAGUAGUAGUACUUGUGAAGCAAAGAUGUUUUGCUCUUAUGCUUACUACCACUGUGGACGAUGAUGAUGAUGACAAUCCAUACAAUUAUGUAUACCAACCAGUAUAGUAGAAUAAAAUUGCCAUUUUGUCAAA